AUGGUGAAGAGCCGGCACACGGAAAAAAAAUCUCCGUGGACGGCACACGGCAGGAUCCACAUGGAUGGCCAGAUCAUCCGCGGAGCCGGGACAGGGGGCGCCCCGACGGACAGGCGUGAGCGAUCCCGGCGCUUUCCCCCAAAAAUCGUGCGCUUUUCGGGAAAGAACCCCAACGCCGAGAGGACAGAGGAGGGAUCUCGUCGACACGUCGUCGGAAACGCGCCCCCCGUUCCCUCGCCGCUGCCCCGACCCGGGCACAGCAUCGGGAGCAGCAUCGCGGGCAGCUCGGAGACGGGAUCGAUGGAGGAGGACGGCGGCUCCGGCAGCGGCAGCGGCAGCAGGGAGCCGUUCGUGGCUGGGGCGGGAGCGGGGACUGGCGCCAGCUCCGGCGCCGGCAGCAACCGCGGCGUGGGAGCAGGGACCAGCGCGGGCGGCGGCGCGAAGCUGCCGCAGGUGCUGCAGAAGAGCUUCGGCGAGGUGCAGGGGAUCCUGGAGCACAACCGCGUGCUGAUCCAGGAGAUCAGCCAGAACCAGGAGACCCGCGACGCGGACGGCCUCACCCGCAACGUGGCGCUCAUCCGGGAGCUCAACACCAACAUCGCCCGCGUCGUGGACCUCUACGGCGACAUGUCGGGGUCCUUCGCCCGCGCCGUCGCCGCCAAGAAAGCCGCCGGAGGCGACAAGGGGGGGCCCAAGAGGCCCCGCUCCGCCGGCGCCGGGGGGCAGCAGCAGUAG